UUAAUAACCCUAUUCCGUUCUACCAACAGUUACUAUACAAACCUCAUAAUGUUAACAUCUCUCCGAGUUUACUCGCUUCUCAUUCUCUGCUCAUGCGUGCACAGUUUUGUAUUCUGGGGGGAGGAGGAGUCUUCUAAACCACCAACUGUUCUUCAUCUUAGGAAGGUGGGAGUAGAUCUGUAUCCUGACGAUCUCCGUCAUGCACCUCCCUACACUCAUCUUCAUCAUCCUCAUAGGAAGGGGGACCCCAUGUUGUCCAGACGACCUAUUCUGAAAAUUAUCCAUCCUCAUACUCAUCAACUCUCUCACUCUAACUCCAAAGGCCCUCUUCGACGCAGAAUUGUUGGAUCAAGAUCUCAAUAGAAAAAUUCCAUAUUUAAUGUUUCAAAUAUAUUAUUAAAAUUCAGGUAUCCACACAGGAUCAGACUUCAGAGACAUUUCUUUAGUCCGUUUUCUUGCAUUCAGGGUUCCUUGUAGUCCAAACUGGCAUAUUUCUGUGCUUGACCAUUUAGUUUGCCAUCAAAUUACUCAAUUGAAUGCAGUAACCAAAAAUAAAGGUUCAAAUCGUCAUAUUUUUAGAGCUUGGGACUUCUUUACCGUCUCAUCCUUAGUGGGUAAACCUGUAUUAACGUUUCUGGAAAAUUACCAUUAAACCAACUAAAUCUAGAAAUGUUAUAUGUAUACUCAAGGAUGUAAGGCAAGGAAAGUUAUUUCAGAAGUGUACACAUCUUUUGUACUGCGGUGUAAUCUCUCUGGAAGGUUUAAUGUAAACACAGACAGAUGUCAAAGCUUGACAUGGGAUCCAUCUUUCACAUAAAAAAAUCAAUGAAAUAUUCUGGUCAUAGGAAAC